UUUGAGCUAUGGCAAUAGAAAACACAACGGGCAGCAAUGAAUUCGCGACGAUUUACACCAGAGAGAGUCUCGCGAAUGACUCGUGUCAGGAAUAUGAUGGUCCUCAGGCGAGGGUCUUUAAGAUAAUAGUCAUUGGGGAUUCAAAUGUUGGAAAAACCUGCCUAACGUACCGGUUUUGCGGUGGUAAAUUUCUCAGCAAUCCCGAGGCAACAAUUGGUGUAGAUUUCAGAGAGAGGACCCUGCAACUUGAUGGGGAAAACAUAAAGUUGCAGAUCUGGGACACGGCUGGUCAGGAGCGUUUCAGGAAGAGUAUGGUGGAGCAUUACUACCGAAAUGUCCAUGCCAUCAUCUUCGUCUACGAUGUGACCAGUCUGGCUUCAUUUGAGAGUCUGCCGGAGUGGAUUGAGGAGUGCAACCAUCACUCAGUUCCUCCCAUGGUCCCCCGCAUCCUAGUUGGGAACAAAUGUGACUUAAGAGAAAGCAGAGAAGUAUCUACAUUUUUAGCUCAGCGACUGGCUGAUAGCUAUAACUUUCCCCUUUUUGAGACGUCUGCAAGAGACCUUGCAGAAAAAGAGCACGUAGAUGCCAUUUUCCUCACGUUGGCCUACAGGCUGAAGAAUCACAAGCCGUUGAGACUGAAACAGCCUAGCGAGAGUAACUUUAUACAGCUCGCUGCUGAACAGGAGGAGAAGACACCCUGUUAUUGCUAAUACACUUUGGCCCAUGCAAUAUUUCAUGACUAAUUGGAAGUUAUGCAGUUUAAAGGGAUAGUUUACUCAAAAUUGUUUGACUUGUCACACAAAAAAAGCACAUAUUUUGAGAAAUAAUAAAAUCUUGUAAACAGCCGACUUCCAUAGUAUUUGCUUUUCCUACUAUGGAAGUCAAUUGUUACCAACAUUUUUUCAAAGUAUCUUCUUUUGUGUUCAACUGGGGGGGAAAAAGUACUUGAGGCAAAUUAAAUUGUAAAUUUUAAGUUUUGUGUGAACUGCCCCUUUAAAAUAACUCUUUAGGAUUUAUGUUUGUAUCUAAGUGGAAUUUAAUGGCCUAAUUUAUGGAUCAUAUGGGCAUUUUUUGUGGCAUUUUGUUUGUUAUUCCAUUUGAUUCCACAUGUUAUGAAGCAAGUGACGUUUUGUUGUAUCAGGAAAAACCUGCCUAUAUCUUAUUAAUGCAUUUUAUUAUUUACUGAAACAAGCUCAAUGCCUUGGAGACCUCACUGUUAUGAUCCUCACAGCCUGCAUGUUGUUACAAUGUUCUUCAGUCGGUUGCUAUGAUAAUGCAACGGUAUGCAAUCUGGGGCAUGUCUGACCAUCAUUAUUCUGAGCUGGUAUUUUAUAUUUGUGGAUGCAUAUCACUUGCUAUUAUGUUUACUUUGCACAAAACUUCUGCUACUUAAGAAUUGUAUGCAAACUUGAUCUAUAAUUAAACCUUGCGAGACGCUGGUGUAAUGAGUAACUUAAAGGGAUAGUUCACCCAAAAAAAAAAGGGCCAUUGUUUACUUGUCAAACUUGUUUCUUUUGCUUUAGAAUCAUUGGAGGGUCAAUAAAUAGUGAAGGAAGUUUCAAAUUUGGUUGAACUAUUCCAUGUGAACACUAGUGGGCAGCACUGUCAAAGCGUUCGUAUAUGAAAUAAAAGGUAUAGGAGGGGAAAUGCUAUAUUUCACACACUGUAAAACCCAACAGUCAACUUUAUUAAAUUAAAUGAGUGAAGUGAACUCAAAAUUGACUGAAAGUUAAUUCUAUUCGUUUGAAAAGAGUUUUGAACUCAGUGUUGAAGGUAAUGAGUUCCAAUAAAUACUUCAUUACUUUAAUGGAGUAAGUUCACAGUACUCAUAUAGAUUAGUUUUUUGAACUCAGAUUUUUGUAGCAAUCAGUUUCCUCAAAGGGUUUGAGUUGCCUUUAAACAUAUUCGGUUUUACAGUACUCAGUUGGAGUUCUCUUCAUUUAUUGAGUUUUACUGUGCUCAAAUUGCUUCAUUUACUCAAAUGGAUUAAGUUCACAAUACUCAUUAGGAAAAGUUUUUGAACUUAAACGGUUUGUUGCAAUCGGUUUCCUCAAACGGUUUGAGUUACCUUAACUGUUUGGGUUUUACAGUGCACCCUUUUAUCUUAUUCCAGCAUUAAUAUGAUACGUUUACAAAACAUUGCGUUACGACUCCCUCGUUUAAGUCACAACAUAAGAGAAAUCAGACAACAAAAUGAGCUGGAUGCAAAUUACUUAUUAUAAAUAGAACUACAACAAAUCAAGCAAAACAAACAAAUGUCUAGGGAUAAAUAAAGAACCGAAAAUAUAAUCACAACUAACUUUAACUACAUGAUAUAAAUAAUGCUAUAACAAAACCAUGGUGCGAAGCAGUGGAGCAGUAGGUAGUGCUGUCGCCUCGCAGCAAGAAGGUCGCUGGGUCGCUGGUUCGACUCAGUUGGCGUUUCUGUGUGGAGUUUGCAUCUUCUCCCUGUAUUCGCGUGGGUUUCCUCCGGGUGCUCCUGUUUCCCCCACUGUCCAAAGACAUGCGGUACAGGUGAAUUGGGUUGGCUAAAUUGUCCGUUGUGUAAGUGUGUGUGUGAAUGUGUGUUUGGAUGAUUCCCAGAGAUGGGUUGCGGCUGGAAGGGCAUCCGCUGCGUAAAAACUUGCUGGAUAAGUUGGCAGUUCAUUCCGCUGUGGCGAACCCGGAUUAAUAAAGGAACUAAGCCGACAAGAAAAUGAAUGAAAAACCAUAAGGUUACUGAAUGAAAUAGAUGGUCUUGACACGAGGACAAGUAGCCACAACGUCUUUCAUAUAAGCUAGCACAACAAUUCUUAUUUAUAUGCAUUGACUCAAUUGAUGAGCAAGCAGACAUCCAAUCAGGAUCUAAACUGGAAUCUUGGGGUUGACACAAUUGCGACAUGCUCUGAAACCGUAAACAUUUUAUGAUGUUUUAUGUAUUUUAGAAGGAAUUUCAGGCUACAGUAAGUAUUCAAACGCAUCUCAAACGCUUGGUCUAACUAUUUGUUUUGGUUAUGACCAACAGAAAAAGUACUAUAUUGCACUUUAAAUUGAGAUUGUAUCACGUCUAAACUUUGUCUUGGAUAUUUGGCGUCAUAUUAUUGUACUUGAGAGAAAUGAGACAUGUGUUAUCAUUAACUCUCAGAUGUGCUUUGAAGUGAAUAUGGAGAUCAAAUGUGCAAUAAAAAGAAUUUUGAUAACCAGUA